AGACCACACACACAAAUAUUCUUCCCGUGCAAGAAGAAGGAAUUCAGGGAGGGAAGCAAUCCAGCAAGGAAACCAGCAGAGUCCCGGGCCGGCCGGAUUCACUGCUCCAGAGUCCAGCCAGAGUUUGCGUUCCGGCCGGUAGGCAGAGGCCGCCUACUCCCCAACCAAACCGCUGCUACCGCUCCCCGCGGCCAUAAAUAACGGACCUCCCCUGCGCCCGCUCGCGCACGCCGUCCUCCUCCCUCCCUCCCUCCCUCCUUCCCGUCGCGCAUCAAUCAAUCAACACAACCAAUCUCGCCAUCGACUAGUCCGUCAAGCUUCGGGAGCCGACGCAAGAACCAGAUGGGCAUCCUGUCCCUCAUCACCGGCAAGCCGGGCGCCAGCGGGUUCGGGUCGGGCUCCACGGCGGAGCAGGUCACCGAGGGCAUCUGCGCCGCCGCCCUCACCGUCAUCGUCACAGGAGGAUCUAGUGGCAUUGGUUUUGAGACCUCGAGAGUCUUUGCCCUGAGAGGAGCCCAUGUCAUCAUCGCUGCGAGGAACACAGAGGCUGCAUCAGAGGCAAAGAAACGCAUCAUGAAGAUACACCCAGUAGCCCGCAUCGAUGUUCUGAAGCUUGACCUUAGCUCCCUCAAGUCUGUCAGGGCCUUCGCUGACCAGUUCAACUCCAUGAAUCUUCCUCUAAACAUCUUGAUAAAUAAUGCAGGUGUUAUGUUCUGUCCUUUCCAACUGUCUGAAGAUGAAGUUGAGAUGCAGUUUGCCACAAAUCAUCUUGGUCACUUCCUACUGACCAACCUUCUCCUUGAGAACAUGAAAACUACUGCUAAGUCUACCGGUAUUGAGGGUCGCAUUGUGAACUUGUCAUCAGUUGCCCACCUCCAUACAUAUCCAAAGGGGAUUCAGUUUGAUCAGCUCAAUGACAAGAAAACAUACAAUGAUAAAAUGGCCUAUGGACAAUCUAAGCUUGCAAACAUACUGCACGCAAAAGAGCUCUCUAGGCGGCUCAAGGAGGAAGGAGCUAACAUCACAGUUAAUUGCGUUCAUCCUGGAUUGAUCAUGACCAAUUUGAUGAGGCAUUCCUUUGCUCUCAUGAAGGUAAUUCAAGUCGUCACUUACGUGUUCUGGAAGAAUGUACCCCAGGGAGCAGCGACUACUUGUUACGUCGGGCUCAACCCUCAGCUGAAGGGGGUGACAGGCAAAUACUUUGCAGACUGCAACGAGGAGAGGACGAGCGCGCACGCGAAGAGCGACGCCUUGGCGAAGCAGCUCUGGGAAUUCAGCGAGGAGCUCAUCAGAUCCGCAAAAUAAGUGCUCGGAAAAGGCAUCUUUUGGGAUGCUGUCUGGUACAAAGGGUUGGGUAGUGUGUAGCAACAGUACAAGCAGUGGCUGCAAGUAGGAAGGAAGCCUGUCACUUGGUGAAGUGAACCAAUAUUGUUCACGAAUAAAUUUUAUUUUCGUGCUUGUUUGGUGUCGUGGCUAUGAUCGAAUUGUGUUCUUGUUAAUAUAUUUGUGUCCAGUAUAUUGUCUCGGUUUCGGAUUGGAUUAAUGAAUCUAGUUAAUCA